UAGGUGAUGUAUUUAAUUAAUAAAAUGUGAAGUUAUAUACGUAUUUGUCUUUGUCUUUUUGUAUGUUUUUCCCCUGAAUCCUUACCAUAGAAUCUCUCCCAAAAUAGCUUCCCCUGUCCACUCCACAUGAUUAAAAAUUAAUGCUGCGCUUCACCCUCCUCAGCUAACCACCACCCGCGCCCCCACAUGGCUCCUGCACCCUCCAUCUUCCUCCUCCUCCUCACUCUCCUUCUACUCCUUACAAACGCAGCACACACCAGAGAAACUCCACCUCCCACUCCCCAACGAAUCAUUGCUCCACCGCCGCCCGACAACGAAAAUGACACCUCGCCGCCGUUCAGACCUGGCAUAGCGGUGGUGGUAUGCGUUUUGACCACCAUAAUCUCCCUCACCUCGCUGCUCCUUCUUUACAUCAAACACUGCAACGGCGGCAACAUCCACAGCGGCGGGAGCUCGAUUCCGUGGACGGUGGCGCCGUUCUCCGGGAGAAAGAACUCCGGCAUUGACCGGUCCGUGGUGGAAUCGCUUCCCGUUUUCAGAUUCGGAGCGCUGCGGGGACAAAAGGAGGGGCUGGACUGCGCGGUGUGCCUGACGAAGUUCGAGGCGGCGGAGGUUCUCCGGCUGUUGCCGAAAUGCAAGCACGCGUUCCACGUCGAGUGCGUGGACACGUGGCUGGACGCGCAUUCCACGUGUCCUCUGUGCCGGUACCGCGUGGAUCCGGAGGACAUUCUUCUGGUGGAGGACGCAAAGCCUUUCCGCUGCCAAACUCAGCCCCAGCGCAACAGCCACAACAACAAUUCCUCCAACCAGGAACGCGCGCGGUUGAAUAUGGACGUGGAGAAGCAGGAGAUUGGGCGGAGGCAUUCGUCGGUGGGGGAGAGCGGAACGGAGGAGCAGAGCCGGAGGUGGACGACGUCGUUCAGGAGGUCGUUGGAUAGCGCGACAUCGAGAAAAAAGAACGAGAGCGUUGGUGUUGGUGUUGGUGUUGUUGGGUUUGGUUGGUUUGUACGUGGCAGAAAAGACGGGAUGUUGUUGACGCAAGAAACGGAGAGAGAGGGAGAUAGGACAAGCGCGGAACGGAGGUUGGAACACCGGAUCAUUGUCUCCCCGGGACCCGGCCCGGGCCCAGGCCCGGGAAAAAUGAAAAUGAAUGGGGUCCAUCAGCGAUGGAGCGAUGUCCAAGCUUCGGACCUGCUGUAUCUGACGUCGGAGAUGAUAAUGAGCGAGGCGCAAUGGAACACGCGCGGCGGAGGAAGAGGAAGGGGGACGCGCCGUUCCAAUGAUGAUGGGGUUGAGGACAGUUGGAGUGGCAGAGGGAUAAUAAAUUCGAGAAGUGUGUCUGAGAUCACGGGAUUCAGCAGGUUCUCCAGCAAUAGCAAUAAUAAUAACGAGGAGGACACAGAUAGACACAGAGACAGAGAGUGGGAGCAACAAAGACAAGGACAUGGAGAGAGAGAAGAGGGUCUCGUCAGAAGGUGGUUGGGUUGGAUUUCCAAGUCUCACACACAACAACAACAUCAUCAACGACAACAAACACAUUCCCAAACCCAACCAUAGGUACGGUAGCAACUUCGGAGUUCCUUUCUUUCUCUCUCAUCACUCUCUCUCUCUCUCUCACUCUCUCAGAUACAGACAAACCACUGCAUUCAUGGAUCUCCCUUUGUAUCUUAGCCUAGCUUAGCAUAGGAUUUGUCACUCCCAACACAACACAAAAAUAUGAACCCACUUUCCAAUUUUUUAGCUCUUUUUAUUUCUCUCUUACUUUAACUUUGUGCAACAAUCGGAAGUGAUAAGAGGAGGCACGUGGAUGGAAGGGACAUGAUCCUGCACCAGUGUGCAUGAAUGGGAUACGGAGAUCCUCAAUUAUUUCUUCUUCUCACUCUCCAUGCACUCACAUACACAUUCCCUCACUUUUUAACUAUUUCUUUUUAUAUAUACUUUUUCCAUCUGUAAACAUCAAACACAUCUCAUUUUUUAAAUUCUGAAA